AUCAAUUUGAAUCGUCAUGAGAUAAGAGAUAUGAUCAUUUCUAUGUAAACCAUGAACAGAUACGCAACAGUUUUGAUAUUUCUUUCGAUAUGUUUUAUAAUUUCUAGUAGUUGUAAUGAAUUAAUACGUAAUAGUGAGGAUAAACAUGAAGCUUUUAUCCGUGGAACAUACCAUGCAUGGUGGGUAAUACUAGGUGUAGAAACAAGCAGUGCAAUUCACAUGAUGAAUGCCCAUGAAGAUAUGUCGGAUGUAAAGCUCAUGAAUAAAACGUUUAUUGGAUUUCCACCGAAUCAGCACCCUGUAUUGUUUGAAAUAGGAAAAGAAUAUAACUGCGGGCCUUCAGUGUCUUCUGCACUCCGAUCGGACUUCUUGGAAUUCAAGUUUGAAAUUCCGUUCGUCACAUCUUUAAAAAGCAAAAAAUCUGUUCUGAAUUAUAAACAAAAAUUGUUCGAAAGUUCGUCUUUGAACAGUAUUUCAUCCAACAUCAUGUAUGGACUAGACGCCUCUAAAGCUAACAUGAAUAUGUCAGAUUCUUCUUACGAAAUCAAACUUAAUCAAGACACAUUCAUAGCCAAUUUUUCGACCACAGAUGAUCAACCGUGGAUAAGAGUGCGUGAAUUUUCUUUUUUCAAACCAUAUGAGACCAUUAUGAAUUUGACGUGGUUUGGUAGACGAAAAUAUGGAGUGUGCGCAGAGCAUAACUACGAUUUUGGUACAGCAUUAGUAAAACCGUCCCGAGCUCAUUUGAUGUUUAACAAAUCUAUGAUAAAUCCAUAUUUCCCCCACGAGAACUAUGACGUAGAUCAGUUGAGUAGUAAUAAUUUGUUUGGGGCUGUGCAAAUUAAAAUUAAUUUUACAAUGACAUUACCUAAGACUGAAACAUCAGAAAUUCAAACAACAGAAAUAACACCAGAUUCCAACAAAGAAAAUAUACCACCUGAUUUUAACAAAGAAAACACUGUUGCUAUACAAACAGAAGGAGGAUGGGCUGACCCAAUUGAUAUUCUGUCUCUAACAGUGCAAAAGGAGAUUUUGGAGAGAGACCUUGCAAGAAAAAUAUUGGAUAAUGAAAAGCUAACAUUGAAUAAUGCAUCCAGGAAAUCCCAGAAAAUAUUUCAAGUUCAACAGAGGGAAAGGUCAAUUUUUUCAGCUGAAAACUUUACUAAAGAUGACAAAAUGUUGAGAUACUACAGUGGCUUUAACAAUACUGAAUUUAAUGCAGUUUUUAAGUUUUUAGUGCCAGAUUCAUCAAAUUAUCCCUUAAAAAUGUCAAAGAAUAUGAAGAUAAAGAUAAAAAUCAAGGACCAGUUUUUUUUUACAUUAUGUAAAUUGAGAAAUAAUUUGGACUUUACAGAUUUGGGAUACAGAUUUCAAAUAUCUACACAAGACUGUAGUUCACUUUUUUGUGACUGGAUAAAUUUCAUGUACUUAAGGUUUGGAGCAGUAUGUACUUGGCCGCCACGUGACAUGAUUAUUAAAAAUAUGCCUGAAAAUUAUAAAAGGGAUUUUCCUAAUACUUUGGCAAUAAUUGAUGGUACAGAAAUCAAAAUACAGAAGCCUUCUUCUCUGCAUGCACAGUCACAGUCAUAUUCAAAUUACAAGUCUACAAACACUUUAAAAGCUUUGGUAGCAGUUGAUCCUAGAGGGUCACUUUUAUUUACUUCAUGUUUAUUUUCUGGUGCUAUAUCAGACAAAGAUAUAUUUGAACAAUCGGGAUUAAAGAAGAUGUUACAAAACUUAGUACAGCAUGGUCAUAUCAAGGAAGGUGAUGGUAUUAUGGCAGACAAGGGUUUUAAUAUUCAUAAAGAAGUUGAAGAUUGCAAACUAAAGUUAAACAUCCCACCUUUUGCUAAUGCUGGAUUACAAAUGACUCAAGCAGAUGCACUUUUAACAAAGAAGAUUGCUGCACAUCGCGUACAUGUUGAGCGUACUAUAGGUUCUGUGAAGAAGUUUAAAAUAGUUGGACAAAAAGUACCUUUAUCUUUGUUUGGACGUGUUAACCAGAUUUGGAAUGUAUGUUGUUUUUUAACAACUUUUCAAAAACCAAUUAUUCGUCGAAAAUAAUUACAUGUAUUUUAGUACAAUGAACAUGUGUCUGUUUUUUGUUCAUAUUUUCAAUUAAGGGCAUACAAUACAGUUUUGGUCAUAUAUUUACAAGUUGAUGAAAAUAUGCAUCUAGGCUAUUGUUUACCUGAUUAAAAAAUCAAAUAUGUUAUAAAAAAAUAUACCUUCAUGUGGUACUUUUUGAGUAAAAUGAGGUAGAAAUAUUGUAUACUCAAAAUACAGAAUUCUAGCCGUAUUUUCUUUUUCAAAAGAAAGACAAAACUUUAACAUUUUUGUUUUAUAAGAUAAACCCAAAUUGUUUUUUGUUAAAUUAUCGAUAAUUUC